CCAUUGUAUCACAUCACACCCUAUCAUACCCAUACUUUGUCAACUCAACCUCUUACUUACUCAUUACUUGCAACAACCAUGUGUCUCUCUUGAUGUCUAUACAUACACACACACAUCCGUUUGCAGACACUACUCAAACCCUACGUUUCCGAGUUUCCUCAUAUCUCUCUCUCUCUCUCUCUCUCUCUCCCUUAAACCCUUCUCGCAAUGGCUGCGAUUGACCCAUCUCGUCGGUUUUUGAAGGAUGUUAAGCGUAUUGUUAUCAAGGUAGGGACAGCUGUCGUCACACGAGAUGACGGAAGACUUGCGCUUGGGCGACUAGGAGCUCUCUGUGAGCAGCUUCAAACACUUAACUCUCAAGGAUUCGAGGUUAUCUUGGUCUCAUCAGGUGCUGUCGGUGCCGGUCGACAGCGGCUUCGAUACAGAAAAUUAGUCCACAGCAGCUUUGCUGACCUCCAGAAACCACAAGUUGAGCUUGACGGUAAGGCAUGUGCAGCCGUUGGACAAAACGGUCUCAUGGCACUUUACGAUACGUUGUUCAGUCAGCUGGAUGUGACAUCAGCGCAGCUUCUUGUGACCGAUAACGACUUCAGGAGUCCAGAAUUUAGGCAACAACUUACCGAAACAGUGGAUUCGUUAUUGUCUUAUAAGGUUAUUCCUAUAUUUAAUGAAAACGAUGCCGUUAGUACCCGUCGCGCUCCAUAUGAGGAUUCUUCCGGAAUAUUCUGGGAUAACGACAGUUUGGCAGCUCUAUUGGCGUUGGAGCUAAAAGCCGAUCUUCUCGUACUAUUAAGUGACGUAGACGGUCUCUACAGUGGGCCACCAAGUGAUCCUCAAUCGAAGUUGAUUCAUACAUACAUUAAGGAAAAACUCGAGAACACAAUUACGUUCGGUGACAAGUCGAGGCUCGGAAGAGGUGGAAUGACGGCUAAAGUCAAAGCUGCGGUUUACGCUUCACAGGCUGGCAUUCCCGUUGUUAUAACCAGCGGGUUCGCUGGGGACAAUAUUGUAAAAGUUCUCCAAGGACAGCAUAUCGGUACACUGUUUCAUCAGGACGCUCACACGUGGGUGUCGAAUGGCGAGUUAAAUUCACGUGACAUGGCAGUUGCCGCAAGAGAAAGUUCUAGACGCCUCCAGGCCAUGCCUGCAAAAGAAAGAAGUAAGAUUUUACUUGACGUAGCCGAUGCUUUGGAAGCAAAUGAGAAAGUGAUUGUGCACGAAAAUGAAGCUGAUGUGGCGGCUGCCAAAGAUGCUGGAUAUGAAACGGCGUUAGUCUCCCGGUUGGCGAUCAAGCCUGGGAAGGUCUCUAGUCUUGCAAAAGCCAUACGUGUACUUGCAAAUAUGGAAGAGCCGAUUGGACAAAUAUUAAAGAGAACAGAGCUGUCAGACGGAUUCAUCUUAGACAAAACAUCAUCUCCUUUAGGUGUCCUUCUUGUUAUCUUUGAGUCUCGGCCCGAUGCGCUAGUUCAGAUAGCAUCGUUGGCUAUACGAUCCGGGAACGGGCUCUUAUUGAAAGGGGGAAAGGAAGCCAGACGGUCCAACGCAAUCUUGCACAAGGUCAUUACUUCAGCUAUACCAGAAAGCGUUGGUGGAGGACUUAUCGGACUCGUGACAACUAGAGAUGAGAUUCCUGAAUUGCUUAAGCUUGAUGACGUCAUCGAUCUUGUGAUUCCAAGAGGCAGCAAUAAACUCGUCUCUCAAAUCAAGUCUUCAACGAAAAUUCCUGUUCUAGGUCAUGCUGAUGGAGUCUGUCACGUUUACGUCGACAAAUCUGCGGAUAUGGAAAUGGCAAAGAACAUAGUGGUGGAUGCAAAAACAGAUUACCCUGCAGCCUGUAAUGCUAUGGAAACGCUUCUUGUUCACAAGGAUUUGAUGGAGAAUGGUGGUGUUAAUGAGCUUCUUAUUGAACUUCAAACUAAAGGUGUACGCAUAAAGGGUGGGCCAAGAGCGAGUUCCGCACUUAACCUUCCAGCAGCACCUUCGUUUCAUCAUGAGUACGGUUCACUGGCAUGCACCGUUGAAAUUGUGGACGACGUGCAUGCUGCCAUUGAUCAUAUACACAAGCAUGGAAGUGCGCACACUGAUUGUAUUAUAACUCAAGAUCGUGAAGUUGCCGACAUCUUUCUUCGUCAAGUUGACAGUGCUGCUGUACUUCACAACGCAAGCACAAGAUUUAGCGACGGAUUUCGCUUUGGUCUUGGUGCAGAGGUUGGUAUAAGUACGAGCAGGAUCCAUGCUCGUGGGCCGGUAGGUGUCGAGGGAUUGCUUACAACGCGCUGGAUUGGCAGAGGAAGUGGACAAGUGGUGGAUAACGAUAAAGGAGUCGUGUAUACUCACCGUGACCUCACUCACCAAGCUUAAGUUAUAUAUUCUUUAGAGAAGUGAGAGAUCUUGUUGUUACGUUAUCGAGUGUUGUAAUGGUACAUUCAAAAUUGUCGGUUGGCUGGUGAUUUAUUGUUAUUA